AGGUGCGGGGGUGCGUGGGACUGCCGGGCAGGAGAGAGGAGGGGUGGGGGAAGCAGUGCAGCUCGGACAUUCCCAGGCUGGGAAAUACAGCGAGACAGUGUGGAAGUGGAAGGGAAAGAGAGGGGAGGAGAGCUGCUUCUUAAGCGCCCAAAUCUUACAGAAGGCGAGCUUUGUAGGGGACACGAACAUAUAAAGUAAAGGAGUUACAGCUUGAUUAUUGUAACUGAGAAGAGGAGAAAGUUUUGCGGAGAAUGCGCAGAGGAAAUGAAUUCAAGAAAGGACCUGAAGGCUAUGUAGGAAUUCCUGACUGAAGUCAUGGGUUCAGAGGCAAUGGAGGACUGCGUGCAGGGGGCGCUCUCAUCACUUUAUCCUCCUUUUGAGAGCACAGCCCCACCCCUCCUCUCCCAGGUCUUCUCAGUCCUGGAGUCGACCUAUCAACACGACAGUCUUCGCUAUCUCCUGGACUACUUCGUACCUGCAAAGCACCUCCUGCACAAACUCCAGCAGCAUGCCUGUUCUCAGUACCUGGGUUGCUUGUUCCUUCACUCUGGCUGGCCUCUCUGCCUGGGCGAAAAAGUGGUUGUCCAACUUUCCACUUUGGACUGGAGGCUUCUGCGCAGUAAUGACUUCUACCUACAAGUGGUUCCCUUCUCUACACGUUGCCCGAGGCUGGCACUAAAAUGCCUGGCUCCUGGGGGUCGUACUGUUCAGGAAAUCUUGGUGCCCGAGUCACAGCAUCCCCUUGUGUUCACCACUGAGUGGCUUCACAUCGUCAACAAAGAGCGAGGUCACAAGAGAGAAGUUGGAGGAGGACUUGACACCUGUCUGGUCAGUACAUGCGAUGGUGUGGUUAGACUUCCAUGGAAGGAGGUAGUCUACCCAAAAUUUAUCCAUGACCCCUCUGAAGAGUUGGGCCUAAUGUCCAACCGUCUGCCUAGCGAGGGGGGUAGCAGCCUCGGAGGCUGGGGUGGCUCAUCCUCUGGGGAAUUAGACUCCUGGUCCUGGGAUGAAGAAGAAGAUGAGGAUUUGCAACCGGAUGGCUUGGACUCUGACUGUGUGCUUCCUCGACGAAGGCGCAGUGAAGACGGCCUUGGGCGGACAUCAAGACAACCUCAGCUCGAUGGGGAUUAUGUCGAGCUUUUGGAACCCAGGGGGGGUCCUGAUGGAGGGGUCGAUCCAAGGCAGCGGUACCAAGAGAUGCACGGAAUCUGUAAGACCAAAACUCUACCUCUUUGCAGGAGAGGAAAGGCUAUCAAGGUUCGCAGAGGAAAAGCAUGGGGAUAUGGGCGAACGGAAAGGUCAGGAAGCUUUCGGGCCGUCCUUGGCAUCAAAGGAGAAGCUGUGGCUGCCAAGGGUGAGGCAUUACCGCCACUGCCUGUGCCAGGAGUUGCCGAGCUUGGCCGAGGGAGGCGGUCUUACUCCUCCUCAGUCCAUGACUCUGAUGAAGGAGAUAAAACAAACAGAGACUCUGAAGGCCUAGAAAGCCGCCGCCUUUGUUUUGAUGGCCCGUUCAAGGAAAGGAGACCUGGAGUGGGCAAGGAGAGAGAUAGCAAUGGUCACACACAGUUAUGCAAAGAUGACCACAAAAGUAAAGAAUCCAAGAGCAACAACAGCUUGGACACAGGUGAAAUCCAUGAAUUAACAAACCACAAAGAUGGACAUGUUGUAGAGGGCCACUCUGAUCACGGAUCUCAUUCGGACUCUGUUUUUGAGGAUGCUGAUAAACCACUGAGCGGAGACAGUGAUGCUAAUACCCCAACAUCAGAUGCACCACAGAGACCAUUUGCUGCUGUUUCAAAAAGUGGUGAAAUUACAAACACUGGGUCUAAAAAGAAGAGUUUGUCAAACCAAAAAUCCACGGACGAAAAGGAUGAAGGAAAAGUGGAGGACAGAGUAUGCCCCAGAGGAAAAGAGGUUAAAACGGCAGGAUUCAGAGCACCAAGGAGGAAAAGGAAGGGAAAGGGGGCCAAAGGGAAAACUAAAUCUGGGGGUCGUGUAAAGGAGAAGGCCUUGAAAAUGCAGGUUAAAACUCCUCAACCAAGCCCGGCCACCUGCACCGCUUCAACAAAGCUGCCGACUGCCAAGGAGAGCCAAACGGAGCAAGCAGAGCAGGCUGACCAAUCUGAAGGCACGUCUGCUGCAGAUAGCGAGGCGACAGACAACACAGCGAAAAGCAGCGCAGAAGCUGAAUCAUCUCUGCCUGUGUGUAACGGACAGUCAGACACAUCUUUUUUUAACCACUCUAAUGAGGAGGCUGCGUCACCUGACAAACAGAAUGGUGAUGCUUCAAAAGAGCCCGCCCUGCUGAGGGAACUGGACGCAGACCUUCUCCAGUCAGGGAAGCUCAAGUUGACAGGUACAGUGGACAGGCUGGGGCGUGCUCUGGUUUUCACAGAGACCGACGCAUCAGAAGAGGGUUUCUCUGGGGAGGAGAUGGCCCGCGUCUUGGCCUGUUACCACACAAUCACUCGGCCUGCAGCCAAAGAAAAGGGUGUAACUGUGUUAAUGGACAGCAGGCGCGCCCCACCGUCCGCCCUCUUGUUCUCUGCUCUUAAAUUGUUCCAGGGGUUGGUCCCCGGUGGUCUUGGAUCCCUUCUGGUGUUGGUGGAAGAGCAGCAGGAGUCCCCUCCUCAUUCCCUGGAAGGAGCAGAGGUCCACACAGUGCGAGGAACCGGAGUCCUUCAGCAGUAUGUAGACAGACAACAGCUUCCCAAAGAAGUGGAUGGGGACUUUAUCCACUGCCACGCCGACUGGCUGGCCUUCAGACUGAGUCUGGAGAGUCUGACAGAGCGCUGUGAGAGCGCCCUCUCACUGCUUGGAGAAGCACUGCAGUCUAUGGACGCUGAGCCAAUGCCAGACAACAUAAAGGCUGUUCCUCUGAGCAUUGACAAACACAGGCAGCUCAUGGCCAGCGUCCUGGCUGACCAACGGUUAACUGAACUGCAGCAGAGGGGCGGGGCCUGGCUUGCUGGAUUGACAAAUAGGGCAUCUGGACUGGCACAAAAGUCACCAGACUGCAGGGCUGCUCUCGCCGUAACUUCUAAACUUUAUGACAGCGUGGACGAUGCACUCCAUCGGCUUGUCCGAGUGUCCAACCAAAGAGGUCGUGACCUGGAGGCUCUGGGGCGUCUGUCGGGGUUGGUGGACAAACUGGAAAAGUGCGAUAAAGAGAUUGAGCAGGUUCAGUCGCAGCUGGAGGACUACAAGGAUCCUCCUCUCUCCCUCAGCAGACUCUCGCUCAAACAGCAGAGGUUCAAGACGUUCAAAGAAACGGCCAAUGAGCUGCACAGUGAGACUCUGUCAGUGCUCAGUGAUUUGGAGGGCUGGUGUGAACUGGACUGGGCAGGCCUGAGCGACGUCCAGAUCCGACUCCCUCCGGUCAGGGAGAAGCUCAGGGACAUGUCCCACUGUCUGUCUGACUGCUGGACCACUCUGGACAACACACAGAGGUUGUUGUCCACUCUGACCGAGGCCACCCAGUGGUGCGAUGCAGUCUCCUCCACCUCCUCCUCGUCCUCUUCUUCUUCUUCCACCUGCCCUCUCGCCUCCCUCCCUCCAAUACCCCCGUCCCGUUUCCAGGACGCACGCUCUUUAGCUAUAGAGCUGGGUGGCGGGGCACUGCUGGAUCUCUGGACUCAGACAGUUGAGCGAUACCAGCGAACAGUAGCGCAGGUCAAGCCUCGAUUCCUCCAGUCUGACAGGACGCAAAAUCAGGGACAGGGGAAAACCAAAACACCCUCUGCCAGCAGCCUGUGGGACCUGAUGGGCCCCGAGGGAGAGGGUGACUCCUGGGGGCUGGGAGCUGGAGGAGGGGAAGGGGGAUUGCAGUCCUGGGGAUCCCUGGCAUCACUGUUCAGACCGCAGACCUGCUCCACACUGAAGAUAGGAGAGGAGAAAGGGAAUAAGAAAGAGGGAACGGCAGGAGGAAGUGGGGCCGGAGGAGGUGGGGCCGGAGGAGGGAAGUUUCUAUCAAACCUUUUGAAUCCUGCAAAGAAGAGCCCCACAGAGGCUCCACUUCCCUUCAAGCCACCUCGGAAGCGUCACCCGAGCUUUGACCUCCAGGCUCUCCUGGCCCCCCGUCGAAGUACAGCCACCCCCAAACCCGCUGAGUCGCCGGUGGCCGGGCCGAGCCGUAACUCCCCCAUGUCCUGGCUGGGACGACGGGCGUUGGCCGACCCAGUCAUUACUACUAGCAUGGCUGCAGCUAUCCCAGGAUGGAGCGGUGGUGGUGGUAGUAGCGGCGGAGGGGUGUUGAUCCGAGGAGUGGAGGUCAGCAGCAAGGAGGUGGUGGACCACACGGGGUCACCGCGCCAGCAUGUUCUGCUGGGGAGGACAGACAGGGAGACUGGGACGGAUAGGGCCGGUUCAACCGCACAGAGUAAGCUGUACCUGCUCUGGUGUAGGAUGCUGAGUUCGGAGAGGCAGUACGUGACUGUGCUAAAGGGCGUAGAAGAGACGUACGUGCCCUUACUGGAGCUCUCAGAUACCCCAGCUUCCAUCAGGGGGAAGGCAGACUCACUGUUUCCCAACUGGGCCAGCCUCACCAGCUUUCACUCGCAAGACCUACUCCCUGCCAUGGAGGGCGCUCUUGUGCAAAGCCUGUUGCAACAGGACUGCUUCAGUAAAUUUCGGGACCAGUUUCUGCAGUAUUCCCAGUACAUCAGGACCAAACCAGAACUGGAUUCUCCGCUGGUCACACAAGCAGCCGACUUUUUCAAGUCAAAACUCCCCCAAGCCUCCCCCAUCUCCCCUCUGGCUUUCCCUCACUGUCUGCAGGCUCCCAUUCAGAGGCUGGAGCAGUACUGCGAGGCGCUGGAGGAGCUGGGGGGCAUAAACCCCGCCUCUGACUCCGCCCUCUCCAUCCUGAGACACGCCCAGCGGCACGGCGAGGACCUCAGGGCCAGUGACCUCAUCGUCGGAUGCCCGAUCCCUGUGACGGAGCGCGGCGAGCUGGUGAGGCAGGGUGAGCUGACGGUGAGCGGGGGAACACGGAGGAAGCGGGCGGGCGUGAGGAACGUUUUCCUUUAUCAGCACGUCGUAAUCUUCACCAAACACAAGAAUCCCAGCCCGGGACGCACCGCCUACAGUUACAAACACAGCAUCAAGACGAGUGAGAUGGGUCUGACUCAGAGCGUCGGCGAGGAGGGAGUGAAGUUCGAGGUGUGGGUCCGACAGGCCCCGAGGACCAGAGACUGCAUCACCCUGCAAGCGCACGACAGGGAAGACCGAGAGGCCUGGACUCACGACAUAGCCCAUCUGCUGUGGACACAUGCCAUCAACAACACAGAGUUGUGUUUGAAGGAGUCACUGUGCAUGGGAGUUUCCAGUAGGCUUCUGUUGGAUGCAACAGGAACUCCAGGCUCAGAGUUGGACUCCAUCUACAGUCUCAGCGACAGAAUCCACAGUAGCUGUUCAGACUCCUCUUCUGUCGGGAGUCAGAAGGAGGGGGGAUCUCCAGCAUCUGGGAGGGACCCCAGGAGAAGCUCUGGAUCAACAAGCUGCUCGCAGAGUCAGUCUCCCUCUACAGCUGUGUGACUCUCAUCUCAAUAAGAAAACUGGACCUCAGAUUUUUUAUUUUUUUGAAGUUUUUAAACAUCUCUGUUUCACCUCUGGGCGAGCCAAACUGGACUUUGAAGACGAAGAAGACAAAAUGAGAGAGAGAGCCCUCCUCAUUCCCCCCCUCACCCUUUUGAACUUCUCCCACAUGCUUUCUCUCCUUCCCCUUUCCCCGUUCGUCUCUUUAAAAUAAAUAAAGUGCCAGCAGAUUAAGCGGCGCAGCACAGCACUGCUUUUCUCCACUUUUAAAACCUCCCAGCUCUCAUAUGACCCCCCACCAAAGAAAAUCUGCAUCCAAAAAGGAUCAAAACUGUCCUGUUUAAAUCAUGACAAGCACCAGCGGGACUCUCUGCGCUCCGCCAUUUUGGAUCUGCCAGUCUCAGUUGCUGGCAGAGUCAUUGACACCAAAGGCACUUCAGCCACACAGUGCGGCCAUUGUCUGCCCCACGGCUCCCCACUAGGCCAAACCACUUGGUCUGAACCACUGACUGCCUCGGCUGGCUGACUGUACGCAUCACAUGCUCCAGCAUCUGAUAAUAAACAGGAAGUAAUAUGCAGGGCGUAAAUCCACCGUUGGAUUGCAGAUUUAGAAUGUAUUAUGUUCUUUAUCAUUUUCAUAAUGCAGAAUGGAGUACUGUACGCUUUUUUUUUUUUUUACCCCCCCUCGUUUUCCCUGCCUGUGUAAAAAUGCGUGGCAUAGCCUAGGUGCGAUUGCAUCUAUGUAAAUUAAGCAAGGGUGGUGUGAGCAUACACACACGCUCACAUUCACACACACAACACACAGUGUCCCUCAACACAUGCAGUCACUCUUAUUGUUACAAACAGUGGAGCACUGUUCACAUUCUCAUGCCCGCACACUCGCUGUGACCAGUUUCGAGCCUGGUACAGUGACUACAUCAACGACAGGCAAGGUUGCAUUUGAAACGCAUGCCGUGAGCUUUGCCUUGAUGAAGACCAGGAAGGAUUUACAGCAUCAUAUCAGACUGUUAUACAUUGUGUUAGAGUGUUUCAUUUAAGCUAACGUGUUGUUUUUCUUUAUUAACAGUGGCCACAAUUUAAAGGCAAAAUGGUAUUUAGUCUUCUUUAAAGUGUAACUUAUAUCAGCAACAUAUUGGUGCCUUAAAAAUGUUCUCCGGAGUACUGAAGAACAUUACAGUGUAAGAUGCCAUAUUCUAUAUGCCAAAGGUAUAAAAUGGGUGACUGUGCAAUGAUGAUUUCUGUACAUUUAGUACGGGCCUUCCUCAUUGGAAUGCUGUCUCCAUAAAAUGGAGAAAGGUGGGUCUGUUCGUUGUGCUAAUUUGUGGUUUUACUGCUUUUAUUCUUGUGGCCAGAAGACAUGAACUACAUCUAAUUCUUUUCAAAGAAUUAAUUUAAUCUAAUCUCUUAGCUUGUUGCUUAAAGGAAGACAUUUUCCUAAAAUAUCCCAAAACUAUUGUUUUCAUGUUUGCUCCCCCCCGUUUGAAAAUUAGUUUGGAAAGUUUAGUUCAGAUUGGUUGACAUGGGAUUCCUCAGGAGUGUAUUUAUGUUCCCAGGGUCCUAUGUUUGGCAAUUCUAUACUCUUUUAACACACAUCAAUCCUCCUGUUGUGUUUGGGUUAGACCCACAUCAUAUUAAGCAAAUUUGGGAUCCUAUUAUAUGGUGGGAAGCUGGGGAACAAAGGACUCUGGGAACAUGGUAUGACCCUGAUUUCUUUAUCCUGAAUUUUAAGGGCAUGUUGUCUGUAUACAGAAAUAAGAAAUGGGAGGAAAAGCUAGACUCAAUACAAAUACCUUGAUAAAGCUUGCUAAGCUUUUUUUUUUUAAUAUAUGUUCAUGCAUUUUUCUAAAGAUUCUUAAAUCUGGAAGUAAUAGUUCCAAAAUCAUGGUGUUCAUAUACUUCUGAGGGGUGAUGUGGAAAUUUCAAAGAAGACAUGGUGUAUUUUCAUACUAAUGCUGUUAAAAUAUGAUCCAAUACAUGAUAAGAAAUAUUGCUUUAUUUGAUUUUUCUUAUAACACUUACUGAUAAUGACUGUCAGGUGAUUACUUUAGCAUAAAGACUAGAAACAAACUAGCUAGCAUAGCUUUGCUAGCAGGCUUAGGCUAAUGUCAGCUAACCUACUGCUAGUUUGUAUUCAAUAGGUAUGUUCCAGGCAACUACUUUACAAGUUCUUUAAAUGAAAGAAAAUAGAAACUAGUCAAGUAGCAUAAAAGACAGAAAACCUCAGAAAUAAUUUAAAACUCUUUACUUUAAAGUUUAAUGUUAAACAUUAGCUUAACAAAUAUUUCAUUUACACCUUAGGAGAUACAAUAAAUACCUAAUCAUGUUCCUUGUUGAUCAAGUCAUGUCUUAAAUGUUGCUGAAAUGUGCGCUGUGUAUAAAAUUGCAAACACACACAACAUCAGAUGAGUUUGCAGAGUUUAGCUAAUUCAAGCGGCGCUAGCAACAGUAGCCUUGUUUUUUCCAGGCUGGUGUUCAAUAAUAAAAUAAUGGGGUCACAGUACAUGCAUGGCACAAAGGUUUAGGCUUUAGACUGCCAAUAAACACUCAGAUUUGUCCACUCGGGCCACAAUGAUGUCACAGAGAGUAGAUCAAACCUUAAUGUGGUUUUACAUUGAUCAUUUACUUCCUAAAAGUUGGACACAGAAGGAUGCAGCUAUCAGAUUAGUGGCAUGCAAAGGGCAGCUAUGUCUAGUCGACUAGUUGCACAAAUCCCUAGUAUUUAAUAUUGAGAUUUAAGUCAAUUUUCUUAUCUAACUUAUACCAUGAAAAAAACAGUUUUUUUUUUCUCUAGAAUGUCACAUUUUUCUUUGAGACAUCAAACCUCAACACUAACAGAAGAAAAGAUUAAACAAACUUCCACUUCCUGUACUACUCUGUGGUGAAUCGUUGUUGGUGGGCCCAUACACAGAAAGUUUUUGUCCUCAUUCUCUGAAGUUGAAAUGAAUUAAAGAAAACGUGCAAAAAGAUGCACAAGAUACAAAAAACAUACCAUUUUAUCUCAUGACACAGCCCCGAAAGGUUUCAGCAUUUCACGAUGUUCAUAUUUCAUGGCAGCAAGCAUUCAGGCAGUAAAACCAAUAAACAUGCACUCGCCGCUUUGAUUGAGUAGCAUGUGUAUCAGACAAUACCAUGCUUAAGGUACAAUAUGAGACCGGCAGGUAGCGAAAGCCGGCAGCAGUGGGAGGUCAAGCUCAUGUCUGCAGACAGCAGCAGCAGCGGUUUUUCGCUGUUAUCAGAUUUAGCACGUUUCAUAUCUGCAUCCAAAUUCACAAAUUGCAAAUGGCUAUUGAGCCGUUUCUGAAUCAAUAUGUAAUUUGUUGGCUCGGAGAAGUCUGUACACUUCAUAGCCUUUAGCUGUUUGGUACAUUGCAUUAUAUUGGAAGCAAUGUAAUGAACACCAUCUUUCAUUCCUACUGCAGCAUAAAUUGUCAUAUGCAGAAUCUCUCACUUUUGUAUGGCACUUUGUAAGGCCGUAUUAAUGUAUAGAAACUUCUCUCUUUAUUUUUUGUCUUUUUUGUAUGAAACACUUUGCCUGAUGUUUACAUUUUUUUUUGGAAGCAUUGUGGAUUGUUUGACAUGCAUGUUGUACUUGAUUUUGUUUUUUUUUUAAAUAAAACUGAAUUAAAGUUCCCAGCCUCAACAGAGGGGGAUCUGAA